GCCGGGGCCGCGCGAAGCCGGCCUGGCCAUGACGGCGGAGGAGAAGAGGAGCCUGCAGUGCUACAGGCGGUACAUCGAGAAGAGCCUGAACCCCGUCUACAUCCUGGGCAACAUGACGGACUGGCUGUCCGACGAGGUGAAGGAGAGGGUCCGGAAGGAGGAGGAGAAGGGGGUGACGGCGGCCGCCGCGCUGUUCCUGGACGCCGUCCUGCAGCUGGAGGCGGAGGGCUGGCUGCGGGGCUUCCUGGACGCCCUGGUCGCAGCAGGGUACACUGGACUGGCAGAAGCAAUUGAAAACUGGGACUUCAGCAAACUGGAAAAACUAGAGUUGCACAGACAGCUGUUGAAGCGGAUAGAAGCAACAAUGCUAGAAGUUGAUCCAGUAGCACUCAUGCCGUACAUAAACAUGUGCCUGAUAGAAAGGGAGUGUGAGGAGAUCCUGCAGGUCAGCGAAUACAGAAGCAAAGCAGCUGGGAUAACUAAACUCAUUGAAUGUCUCUGUCGAUCGGAUAAGGAAAACUGGCCAAAAAGCCUUCAGCUAGCACUAGAUAACACAGGAUAUUACAACGCAAGUGAACUGUGGGAUAUAAGAGAAGAUAAUGGCAAAGGUGUGGAUGGUGAAAUGACAAAUGCCUCUGAGAACAGCUUUGAAACCGUGGUGACAUUUUCUGAAGAAGCAGAAUGUGAUAAUAAUCUCAGUGAAAAUCUCUGUUCAGCUUCAGAAGGCAUCUAUCAGUCUUCACGUGUUUAUGAACCAAAGAAGGCUUGGAGCUACCAGACUGAACUUGCACAGCCUGCUAUCAAUGGGAAAAACACAUUGAUAUGUGCCCCUACAGGAUCUGGAAAAACCUUUGUGGCAAUUCUGAUUUGUGAACACCAUUUCCAAAACAUGCCCUUAGGACAAAAGGCGAAAGUUGUCUUUCUUGCAACCAAAGUGCCAGUGUACGAACAACAGAAAACUGUAUUCAAGCAGCAUUUUGAAAGAAGUGGAUAUUCUGUUCAAGGAAUUAGUGGUGAAACAGUUGCAAAUGUCUCCGUAGAAAAGGUUAUACAGGACAGUGACAUCAUUGUGCUAACACCCCAGAUUCUUGUGAAUAGCAUCGAGGAAGGGAUCCUUGGCUCCCUCUCCAUCUUCACUCUGAUGAUAUUUGAUGAAUGCCACAACACUACUGGCAAUCACCCUUACAAUGUGUUAAUGAGUAGAUACCUGGAACAAAAAUUUGACUCUGCAAGCCAGCUGCCUCAGAUUGUAGGUUUAACUGCUUCUGUUGGAGUUGGUAAUGCCAAGAGCACCAAGGAAACGAUAGAGCACAUCUGUACCCUCUGCUCCUACCUUGACAUACAGGCCAUAUCCACUGUCAGAGAGAACAAACUGGAUCUGCAGAGAUUUACAAACAAGCCAGAAACACAUGUCAGAUGGGUUAAAAUGCGAGAUCAGAAUCACUUUGCAGACAUUAUCUCAGGUCUGAUGUCUGAGACAGAGGCGUUGAUGAGGAGGAUUUACUCAGUGGACACUAUCUCCCAAAUCAACAGGAAUGAUUUUGGAACACAGAAAUAUGAACACUGGAUAGUUGCCACUCAGAAGAAAUGCAGGCUGUUGCAACUGGCAGAUAAGGAGAAGGAGAGCAGCAUUUGUAGACACCUUUUCAUUUGCACUGAACACCUGCGGAAAUUCAACGAUGCUCUUAUCAUCAGUGAAGAUGCCCGCAUUGAAGAUGCUUUAGCCUACCUAACUGAAUUUUUCACAAAUGUCAAAAAUGGACCAUAUACAGAGUUAGAGAAGAAACUGACAGCCAAAUUUCAAGAGAAAGAACCAGAACUGACUGCCCUUUCAAAAGAUGAGUCAAAUGAGAAUCCUAAGCUGGAAGAGCUUGCUUGCAUCCUGGAGGAAGCAUACCGCUAUAACCCAGACACUCACACUCUUCUCUUUGCUAAGACAAGAGCCUUAGUAGCUGCUUUGAAGAAGUGGAUAGAAGCAAACCCUCUACUUAGCUACAUAAAGCCAGGUGUGUUGAUGGGUCGUGGAAGAAGAGAUCAAAAAACAGGUAUGACCCUCCCAAUGCAGAAGGGUGUGCUGGAUGCAUUCAAAACCAACAAAGAGAACAGACUGCUAAUUGCUACAUCCGUUGCUGAUGAAGGCAUUGAUAUUUCUGAGUGCAACCUUGUUGUGCUCUACGAAUACUUCGGUAAUGUCACCAAAAUGAUCCAAGUCAGAGGUCGUGGAAGGGCAAAAGACAGCAAGUGCAUCCUUGUGACAAGCAAAACAGAAGUGGUUGAGAAUGAGAAACACAACCGUUACAAGGAAGAAAUGAUGAAUGAAGCUAUUGAAAAGCUACAGAGUUGGGAUGAAACAACAUUUGCAAGAAAGAUACAUGACCUGCAAAUGAAGGAAAAGGUAUUACGAGACUCCAGGAAGAAAGAAACAAGAAGUAAGGUAGUGGAAGGGAAAAAAAAUCUUCUGUGUGGAAAAUGCAAAGCGUAUGCCUGCAGUACAGAUGACAUCAGAGUUAUAAAGGAAUCUCAUCACACUGUCCUAGGAGAUGCGUUCAAGGAGCGUUACAUAACAAAGCCUCACCAUAAACCAGUCCAGUUUGAUUGUUUUGAGAAAAAAAGCAAGAUGUAUUGCCAAAAUACUAAUUGCCAGCAUGACUGGGGAAUCAUAGUGAAGUACAAGACAUUUGAUAAUCUACCAGUGAUCAAAAUCAAAAGUUUUGUAUUAGAGAAUGUUGAAACUGGGACACAAAUGGAUUUUCAGAAAUGGAAGAAUAUUAAUUUCUCUUUGAAGAAUUUUGAUGUUGAAGAAACAUCCAGCUGAACUCAGCAUUUUAAUGCAUGUAUCACCCUACUGCACCAAGAUGAAAUAGUGGAUAAUCUCUUUCCAUGUAUAAAAAGUUCUUGUUCUUUAUGCUGUUGGAUAUACUAGGCCCCCUCAUCAGCAUCUGGCUAGAUUAAAAAAGGCUAGUAUGGCCACUAAAAAAAAAAUCUGCUAUCUAAUUAAAUGUUUCACAAGAAGUUUUAAUAUAAGCAUGGACAAAAAUUGCUCUAAGCAUCUAGAUUUUAAUCUUUGCUGCUACGAAGAAGCUGGUCUGAAAAAUACAAAAUCAAGCUGAAUGACUUAUUAAACAUCUGAUUUUAGGUGACAGGCCACAACUUCAAGCAUUUCUGUGUGAAUCAGAAUCUUCUUUGUUACCAGUUAGUUCUUGUUGGAUUGCACCUCCAAGCAGACAACAUGGCUUAUACAGACACUUUAAGCACUACUUUAGCUACUUUUAAAGCUUUUUAAAAAAAUUACUUUUAAUGCUCUAGGCAUUUUGGUAUAUAGAAAAUUAAGAGAAAAUGUCCAGUAACUUUUUGGUAAGGAAGAUAUUGCAUGUUUUAAAUCCAUCUUUAAUAGAGAAUGCUUCUGCAACAGUCUGACAAAAGCAGUAGGGCUUCACAGAGCCCUCCUGGAGGAGGCAUCUUAGGAUUAAAAUGGUAGCACUGUUUUCUUCUAUCACUGCAUGUUUGUCAAGUUGCUGAAGUUGCAGAAUGGACACCUUUCUAUGUGUUGCUUAACUGAACAAGCCCCAAGGAGGACAACCAGUGCUCUGUAAGAUGGGUGAAGGCUUAAUUUAGAUGGUGAUUAGCAUUUACCCUGAUGUCCUGUCUCAUGAAUUAGCUUCUGAAAUCUCUCAAGACAUUAAUAUUAAUUCUGCAGAUUUCCUGUCAGAGCUGAUCUAGAAUUGGAACAAAGUCUAGGCAUUAGUGUCUUUAAAUCCCUCCUCCCCAUCCAGAUCCCAGACUUGUCUCAGGAAAACAGAAAUUGCUACACACACAGUUAAAAA